CAGCUCUGCUUCUUCAUCGAAAAGUCGAACCUUUACGUAGAAGAGGGAACUACGGGGGGAGGAUUUCAAUCCGCCGUGCGAGCAGGGCGAAGCUGAAAUCGGAGAAUUUGUAGGGAUUGUUUGGGUUAGGGAUUGAGUGAACGAUGGGGAAGAGAAGGGAUCGUCGUAUGGCGGCUAUGAGCAACCCCGGCCGCCGUCUCAAGCUCGACCUCUUCGCGGAACCCUCUGGAGAUUUGGGUGGCUCAUCUGGACAAGAUGAACUGGGAGGGGGUUUAGAUUCAUCCAAACGAUCUGAUGGGUUACCCAAUUCACCAUCUUCUUCAGGUGGGUUCCGCAGUUUUCUUCGAACCGAGUAUGUAGAAGGAACAUGACUGGUCACGUAGUUUUGGUGGAUAUAUGGAUCGAUGUGUGCAAUGUUUUUCGCCCUAAUUAUUGUUCUCAGACUGGUAAGGUGGCCGUAUUAUUGGAAACAUCCUUGCGGCAGAUCAGUUCUGGACCCUGCUGCAGUGAAAAACUUGCAUGACCCUUAUAUUGUUCAUGCUCUUUUCACCGCCAUAGCUCCCGGAGACAGCAGGGGAAUCCUCAAGCGGUCAACAGCCGGAGAAUCCUCUUCUGUUACUUGGUCAAUAUAGUGACGACGAGGAGGACAACCAAUCGAGUAGAAUUCAUGCUAAUGCUAAUGGAGAUACUUCCAUUAGUAACCAUAAUGACCAGGUUGAAGCAUCACCCGUCAAUGAAUCUGAAAAUUUGGAUGUCAGCAUGGUUGCAGAUGAAGCUCAGGAAGUUAAAAAGGAUGUGGUGCAAGAUUUUGGUUUAUUGAAAGAAUUGCAGGAUACAGCUGGAGGUGUCAGUAAUGACAGGGAUACAAGCACCUCUGAUAAUAUACCUAAAGAAGCAGAUGAAGACUUACAAAAUCAUGUUGGUGGAACUUUUGAUGCACAAGUUGUUGGCGAUGUAAGUUCUGGCUGGAAGAUGGUGUUGCAUGAAGAAACCAAUCAGUAUUAUUACUGGAAUAUGUUGACUGGUGAAACUUCAUGGGAAGUACCCGAAGUCUUGGCCCAAUCGGCCGAACCUAGCAGUGAUUCCAUGUAUGUUGCUGCGGCUGCAAGUAGUCAUUUAUUAUCUCAAAGUGAGAGCGCUGGUGAAUUUGGAGCUCCAGUGGAUGGGCAAAUUGAAAAACAUGGAAGUGGCCCACCCAUCGAUCCACCUUGUGGUGCGGAUGUUAAUCAGCGGUUGGAGGAUGAAAUGCAGGAUUCAAUGGUCUAUACAAAAUGUGAAUCCCAGAUGGGUCACUGGUCUCAUCUUGUAGAACUGGGGGAAUGUUUGUUACAGAGGUUGAGUUCUCUAGAAAGCAGCAUAAGUCUCCCACGUGAUCAGGAGUGGAUAUCGAAGUGUAUUUUAGAGAUUGAGAUUAGACUGUCUGAUAUGAAGUCCCUAUCGUGCCAUGGCUCAUCCCUGCACCCUUUCUGGGUGUACUCUGAAGGACAGCUUAGACAUCUGGAAUCUGUUAUUGACAGUAAAGUUGGCCAGCUCGGUAACUCCACAUUGAAUGAUAGUAAGGCACUUCAUGACUCUGUUGCUAGGGAAGCCAGUGGUUCAUCGACAAGUACAGAGCACAAGUUUGAAAGUGGUCAUGCCAAACAAGAAGUUCUUCCUGCCCCUGACAUUACUCAGUCUUCUCCCAGAAUGGACUCAUUGUCAGUAGAUACUGCAGUUCACCGUGAAGAUGUUGCUUUGCCUUGCACUGGAUCAAAUGUUUAUUCUGGAGAAGAUAUUGACAUGGAUGUUGAUAUGGAAGUCGAUGAUGUGACUUCUGAAGGCCACAAUAUUAUGGUUGAGAAGUCGUGUGAGGCAACUGUUGCUGCUUCGGAUAAUUCGUUCAAGCCCGAGGAACCUGCAGAGCCCCCAAGUGUAGCCCGAGAUGAUGGAUCUCCUAUUCCACCUCCACCGGAUGAGGAAUGGAUUCCUCCACCACCGCCUGAUUCAGAACAGAUUCCUCCACCUCCACCUGAUGAGCCUGAACCCCCUUAUCCCCUGCCCCCACCCACAGAAGUGGGUCAACCUCUUCCUUAUGCUGACCAAUACAGUUUAUCCUAUCCAAAUUCCAGUUACGAGAUGUACGGACAUUCCGGUGUUGCCAGCAAUAACUAUUAUGCACAUGCUGAAGGCCAAGUUCUGGUGCCUCAAGGGCCAGUUUCGUAUGAAUAUACUGAUAGUGCCUCUGUAAUGAAUAAUGUGGAGCCUGUAACAUAUUACAACAUUCAGGAUGGAACUGGACCUUUGAUCAGAGUUGCUUCUUUGGGCUCCACUCAGUAUCAGAUUCAAUCAGGUCCCUUCAGUUACAGUGCUCUCCCUUCAGACCAAAUUGGAGCUGGUCAUGGCGGUUUGUUAUCACAUUCAAAUGUUGAUCUGUCGGAUGCCCAUGGUAAGACUGGGAAUGGAAUUUUGGAGGUUGCUUCUACUUCAGCUCCUAUGGGUUCAGCUACUGUUGAAGCUCCUGCGACCACUUUGGUGAGAGAUGGUGUUUCGGAGCCAUCAGUCAGUAUGGCUGCUGCUUCUGCGGCUGCUACUGUAACCACUGUGACUGAUGCGAAGGUUCAAUCCAAAGUUUUGCGCACUAAAAAGCGGACAGUUGCUGUUGCCCCAUCCUUAAGGUCCAAUAAGAAAGUUUCAAGUCUUGUGGAUAAGUGGAAAGCAGCUAAAGAAGAGCUAGAGGAAGAAGAGGAAGACGAAGCUAAGAGUGCUCUUGCAAUGUUAGAGAAGAAGCGACAAAGAGAAAUAGAGGAGUGGCAUGCUCAGCAAAUCGCCAGUGGAGAGGCCAAAGACAAUGCGAAUUUUCAACCUCUGGGUGGUGAUUGGCGUGAACGGGUGAAGCGUAAGAGGGCUCAAGCAAACAAAGAAGCUGCAUCUAUGACUGAAGAACCACAAAAGGAAAAUCAACCUCCUGAUUUGCGGGACCUCUCCAAGGAUCUUCCUUCGGGGUGGCAGGCGUACUGGGACGAAUCUUCUAAGCAGGUAUAUUACGGGAACACUCUCACAUCAGAGACCACCUGGAUCAGACCGACGAAAUGAUGCCACGAUCAGAUGAUGCUGCCCAAUUCCUCUCUUCUGGAGUUUUUAUAGAUCACUCUAGCCUUCUUCUGUGUAUAAUUUAUGGAAUUAGAAAGUUGCAAGCAGACUGCGGAUCAGUUUUGUAUCUCAUUUCACUAGCAUUUUGAUGAAAAAUCAAUACACGUUUUACCCUAUGCUUUGAAGAUGCGUCUUUUUUCGUUU